AUGUCCAGCCAGCCCGAUGUGCCCGCCCAGGACCACCACAACCUGCUGCCUCCGGGCCGCCCAAGCAAAGAUGGCCGCGCCCCCGCGAGCUACAGUACUGGCGGCCGCGGGAACUCGUACACCACGACGAUAGCCCCCGGCCCUGGCAGCUUUAGCUCUGAGCUGCGCACCACCACCUCGCGGUCCGACACCCGUCCUCCGCUAGUGGAACACUCGACCUUUGCUGGGGAUGACAGCGUCCGGACUGCCUCGGAGGCAAGGCAAGCGGAAUUGCGCGAUCAGAUAGAGAAGGAGACGAAGAUCAAGAUCGGCUCGGAGAAUCUGUUGGAGGCUCUGAACUCGAAGAGCGCGAAGCAAGCCAAGGAGCAAAAGUCCCGUGUCGAGGCCGAGCUCAAUAUCUCGAACCGCAAGCUGGCCAACCUGAGGCUGGAUCUGGAGACGGAGAUCCAGCGUGCCAAGGAACCCGUGUCCGAGGGCCGCCUCUCGUUUCUGUUCCGCAACGCUCCUUCCCGGGCCGAGUCGUACACAAACCCAGAUGAGGUGGAUCCGGACAGCGAAUCACCAACGCUGGUGCUAGCCGAUGUUCUACAGGCCCUCGAAGUCGAAGGAAUGAAAUACGACUACUAUGUGGAGAAAGGAAAUUCUUUGGUCGAUUUAUUCAAGAGGCAUCCAACUCUCAAGUACGAUUUGGCAUGGUCUAUUUUUGGCCUACGCGUGCAGACCAUGCUGCUCAGUGACAGCCGUGAGGUCGUAGCAGCCGGAUACCGGGUCAUGAGGUACGCAAUUGCGGACAGGAAAUCGCUCCAAACCAUCCGUUCUUUCCACACCGAUUACCUGGUCAUUCUCUCAUUGGUCAAAGAAAGCAAGGUCAGCAUAGAGCGGGAACAGGCGUUGAAGUUUGUCCGAGCUUUUCUGGAGGUGAAAGAUGGCGUCAAGGAAAUUUCGCGCGCUGUGAUCCGCAUCAUCGUCGCUAUUGCUGAGCACACGGAAGACCGACUACGAAACAUCAGCAUUUUGACACUUGCGGAGAUUCUUGUCAAAGACCCCGAACGAUUGGUAUCGGCAGGCGGCAUGGGCCCCUUGACCGAUGCCCUCGGCGAAGGGCUCUACCAUGCCUCGGAAAGUUUGACCGGCUCCUUUCUCUACCUACUAGAUGUUCCCAGCAGAAGAAAAUACCUACGCUCCGGACACGAACUUCAGAUGCCAUUCGCUGCGUUCACCGAUGCGUCAUCUGGACAUGCCAAUGAGGAAAAGCUCAAGGCCAACGCAAAGGUCAUUGCUGCCCUUCUGAAAAGUUGGCCUGGCCUUCUGACUCUUUGCAUGCACGACUUCAUGGCCACCAAAUCUCUCAUGUCUUCGUUAUACAUUCCCCUUCCUCAGGUCCGAAACGUCAUUUUGGAACUUCUUUUUGACAUCUUAAGGAUCAAACCGCCAUCAUGGUCCUCUUCUUUUCUUGCUGGCCGACGGUUGACAACAUACGGUCGAGUCACAAAUCUGAAAAACGCCGAAUCUACAACGUCCGCUUCGAAAACGGAGGAAGAAGAAACCAAAAGAAGUCUUGUGGACCAUUAUGUCGCCGUUAUGCUGGCCGUAUUACUACACUCUGGCCUCGUUCCUGCACUGCUGCAUGCUGAGGAGGAAUCGUUAAACUUGACCCUCAAGAGAAAAACGACGCUACUCCUUGGCGAAGUUCUCAAAAUGGCCAACGAACUACUACCACCUUCAUGGAGUGCCGAACUCCAGGUCCUGCCGGAUCUUCUUAGAUCCGCUGCUCAGUUUGGUGCGGACGACCGCUUCAUCGCUACAGGAACGAUCUAUCAAGUGGAUAGCGUCAAUCGCACCCUCUUCCGUUCCGGAGCCAAUGAGAAAUUCGGCGGCGGUGCAGAACACGAAGAUCUGCAUCCACCACAACAGGCGAAAAAGCAGUUCAGUGCCCAAAUUGAUGAGGCUUCUUUCCGAAAUCUGAUGGCUGAAUCACGGGUCUUGGAGACUCCAAACUACCAGAAGUGGAGGUGGGACCUCGUACAAGGAAUCCUCGAUGGACCUCUGUACAACCCCAAACGCCUGGACGAAGCAUUGAGGGCCACCAAAUUCAUUCACCGUUUGAUCAACUUCUUUAGGCCAUUCAAGCAUCGUUUCUCAAUACUGAAAAACACCAGACCGAAUCAACGCUACGUAAGGGCAGGGUGCUCCCUGAUGCGAGCCCUUCUGAAUAACUCCGAUGGAACGAGGUAUCUCAUGGACAGCAAGCCAAUCAGACAGCUCGGUGAAUGUUUGUCACAUUUCGAUCGUAUGAGUGGUCUUACUUCAGAAGAACCAAUCUUCUCCGCGGAACGCAUGGCAGAGACUCUUACAGGUGGGUACUUUGCAAUGCUUGGUGAACUGAGCAAGAAGCCAGAAGGUGUUCAUAUCUUCGAGAGAUGGAAGAUGAUCAACAUGUUCUAUCAUAUCGUGGAAUUACGGGAUCGAGACGACUUGAUGAAGACUCUUCUCAGCAACAUGGACUACACUCUGGAUGGACACCUCCGCAUCAUCCUCUCGAAAGCAAUGACUGCUGGGACCAAAGAGAUUCGCAUCUUCUCUACGAGACUCCUGAGAAAAUAUGCCACAAAGCCUCUUCAGCCAGACGACUCACUUGUGCUCGGCCCUGGGGUUGUAGAGUGGGCUAUCCGUUUGUUGGUCACGCAGCUUUACGACCCGGAAGUCGAAGUUUGCGAAGUGGCGAUCAAAAUCUUGGAGGAGGCUUGCAAUCAAAAGAGGUCGCUUGAGUACGUCGUAAAGUGUGCUCCGACACUGGACCAUCUGGGAGAGAUUGGAGCUCCCCUGCUCCUCCGGUUUCUGUCAACGUCGGUCGGAUAUCAUUAUCUUGAUGGGCUGGACUACAUCACAAGGGAGAUGGACGACUGGUUCUUGGGUCGUAAUGAUUCCUACGUGGCUCUCGUGGAGGCCUCACUCGCUCGUGCCCUGGCGGACAUCCCCGAGAAGCCUCCGUCACAUCUGGCGUUCGACGAGUUACCUGACCCCCUGGACUUUGGGCUCGUCCCCCCUCACUUUUAUCGCGAACUCGCCCGGACGCUGGAGGGAUGUAAGCUUCUCGAAGCGAAAGGUCAUUUCGAAGAAUUUGCGUCGACGAUCAAGGAAUUCUGUAUGGAGAAAGAGGACGCAGAAAUCAUCCUCAAGGUCAAGGGCUGCCUAUGGGCCGUGGGAAAUGUCGGCUCUAUGGAUCUCGGUGCACCAUUCCUUGAGAGCACGGACGUGACAAGAUACAUAGUCCGCAUUGCGGAAGCGUCCGAGGUCAUGUCGCUGAGAGGAACAGCAUUCUUCGUUCUUGGACUCAUCUCGCGAAGCUUACAUGGUCAAGAAAUUUUGAUUGAGUGCGGUUGGGAUGCCGCAACGAACAUCAUGGGCGAGUCAUUGGGCUUCUGCAUCCCGCUCGAUUUCAACAAGCUUUUCUCGAUCAAACCAUGGAAGGCUUCGCAUGUUGCCGUCGAAACUUUGAAGACGCCAAAGGAUGCAAAGAACGGGAUCACAGAUAACGACCCAGUCAAUGCACGUAUCUUGAAGCUCGUCACCGAUCUCGGCAACACAGUGUUGGCCAAGCGUGCGGCGAAUGAUCUGCACAACAUUAAAUCAAAGAAGGCUCCUGGAUUCCAAAAACCAGCAAUGUUCCACAAAGUCAUGGCCAUCCUCGAGUUGCACCACUUCCGGCUUCCGGUAUGCCGUUUCGUCAUCGACCUUUUCGAUAAGAACGUGCUUCGGCGGAUAGUGCUCGAGGAAGAGAGCAGCUCGGAGGACGAUAGCGACGAAAACGAAUACCCGCCACCGAUGGCAGCGGCGACCAACGGGACUAGUAGACGGCCCAGCCAACUUUCUGUCGAGGUGACUUGA